CCGGAAGCUCGCAGACGUGGCGGUUCGUGAGGCGCCGGGCGCUUCCGCAGGCCCUGGCGAGCUGGACGGCGGCCGUGGGUGGGCAGGUGCGAGAGGCGCUCAGCCAUGGCCGAGUCGGUGGAGCUGCUGCGGCAGCGGGUGCAGGAGCUGGAGCGGGAGCUGGCCCAGGAGAGGAGCCGGGGCGUGCAGGGCGGCGGCCGCGCCCGCAUCGACAAGAUGAGCCCGGAGGUGGUGGACUCCAACCCUUACAGCCGCCUGAUGGCAUUGAAACGGAUGGGAAUCGUCAGCGACUAUGAGAAAAUCCGGACAUUUGCAGUGGCAGUCGUAGGUGUUGGCGGAGUUGGCAGUGUGACCGCGGAGAUGCUCACGCGAUGUGGCAUUGGCAAGUUGUUACUCUUUGACUACGACAAGGUGGAACUGGCCAACAUGAACAGACUUUUCUUCCAGCCUCAUCAAGCAGGAUUAAGUAAAGUCCAAGCAGCGGAACAUACUUUGAGGAACAUUAACCCUGAUGUUCUGUUUGAAGUACACAACUACAAUAUCACCACAGUGGACAACUUCCAACAUUUCAUGGAUAGAAUAAGUAAUGGUGGAUUAGAAGAAGGAAAACCUGUUGAUCUAGUUCUUAGCUGUGUGGACAAUUUUGAAGCUCGAAUGGCAAUAAAUACAGCUUGCAAUGAACUUGGACAAACGUGGAUGGAGUCCGGGGUCAGUGAGAACGCCGUUUCGGGGCACAUCCAGCUCAUCAUUCCGGGAGAGUCGGCUUGCUUUGCGUGUGCCCCACCUCUCGUAGUGGCAGCCAACAUCGACGAGAAGACUCUGAAACGAGAAGGUGUCUGUGCAGCCAGUCUCCCCACCACGAUGGGAGUAGUGGCUGGCAUCUUGGUACAAAAUGUGUUAAAGUUCCUGUUAAAUUUCGGUAAAGUUAGCUUCUACCUGGGCUACAAUGCCAUGCAGGACUUCUUCCCGACCAUGUCCAUGAAGCCGAACCCCCAGUGCGAUGACAGACACUGCCGGAAGCAGCAGGAGGAGUACAAGAGAAAGGAAGCAGCCCUACCCAGACAGGAAGUGGCUCCGGAGGAGGAAGAGAUCAUCCAUGAAGAUAAUGAAUGGGGGAUCGAGCUGGUGUCAGAGGUUUCCGAAGAAGAACUGAGGGAUUCUUCAGGCCCCGUCCCUGACCUCCCGGAGGGAAUCACAGUGGCAUACACGGUUCCCAAAAAGCAAGAAGAUUCUGCACCUGCAGUAACAGUGGAAGAUUCUGGUGAAAGCCUGGAAGAACUUAUGGCCAAGAUGAAGAAUAUAUAGACAAUGGGCUGGUAUCUGGUAUUUAAGUUUAGUCCCUUGAUAUUAAAGAUAUUUUCCCCUUAAUCUAAUAAAAAUUAGGGCAACAUCAGCCGAUGUAUAUAAUCUUCACUGACUUGUUAUACUCAACUGAAAAUACUAUUCUCAGCCCCCACCUGCAGCUGAGUAACUUGCAGUAGGUGUGUGGUUAUGGUAAGAAGCUCCCAAGGCCUAGUGCAGGCAGCUGCUGAUGGGAAGCAGCCCCGUCGGAGCCAGCGACCCUGCGUAUCCCAGUCCUGCGGCAGGACAGUCACCUGGACAGGCACAGGGAGGCCAAGGCUUCCUGCAAGAAAAUGGUGACCACUAACUUGACCCACAGUGGAUUUGAAAGUUAACCUAUAAACACCCUCUCCAAGGCGGUCGGUGAAAUACAGUCCCAGAAAAGCCUGUGCGUCUUUACCCGGAGCAAACUACUCCCUGGGUGUCAAAGGCACACACCUCUUCCUAAAAAAUAUUGGACGUAUUUCUUAAAUUACAAUGCAGAAUAACAAUCUUUGUAUAAACCAGAGCAGGGAAAAGAACACGGAAUGCAAUUUUAUUUUAAAUAGCAAAGUAGUUAUUACAUGUUUCACCUUUAUAAUACAUGUUGUAAUUUUACAAUUGAUUU